GAGGAGAGGUGAGGAUUUGGCAGUGGUUGUCGGGUGGGCGUCAGAUGGCGGUGGCGUCCACAGUGAUGGCGGAGACCCACACCAUGACAGAAGGAGACGUGCCUCCCGCAGACCGCGACCAUCAGCCGCAUAAGGAGAAGGCCCUUUACACCCUCAAAGUUUUAAGUGCAGUACGAGAAGCUCAACUUACUCAUGGAUUACGACACAGUGAUUACCAGCUGUAUCGGCAGUAUUGCAGCAGGCGAAUACGUCGGUUACGCAAAAAUCUUGAUUUUAUCCAGGGCGAUAAAAAGAACUUUCGGAAGAAGAUAGUAACAGUAGAUGUCAUUAAGGAUGAUAGGUUUCUCUAUAUUCCUCUUAUGACAAUAGAACGCUAUUGGGCGUAUGCAAUGCAGUUAAAAGAGGAGAGCCAGCAAGAUCCUCGGAAGAAGUUUUCCAUGCGUAACAAACUUCGAAAUGCUGCUAAAUAUGUAGCAAAUUUUGAAAAACUUGUUGAGGAGAGUGGCGUGUGUGAUGCAAGAACUCAGCUGGAGGUGCAGGGGUACUCGGCGUGGCUGCAGGGAACAGUUCUAUUUGAAUUGGCUGAUUGGACUCAUGAGUGGGCAAAGCCAGUAGAGUUCUUCAAUAAAGCCUUGGCGAUCUAUAGCAAGUUAACUAAUGCUGUUUCGGAGGAUGAGUCUGAGGUGUAUGGAGGUCGGCUGCAAGAGCUGGAAGUCAAACUUAGGUUUUGCCGGCAUCACUUGGGAGACAGGUCUGCCACAGAUACCCUACUGGCUAUGCGUGGCAAUGAAGCUCUUGGUGACAAGUUAGAUAACCUGCUUGCAUCAGCUCGAGAAAGACAAGCGGCUACCUUGAGCGAGGUGACCUGGAAGGGUCGCACUGUGGCUGUUAAACAUGAGAAAGUUCGUCUAUUUUUGCUCAAUGAGGGUCUGAUUCAUGAAGAAUUGGAGAAAAUAAGUAGUGCAGAUGAACGUGCCGAGAUGUUAGACAAGCUGCUGAUGGAGUGUAAGGAUGCUAUCCAGUUGGUGCGAGAUGAUUUAAAGAAUGACCCUACCUUUAAACCCAGACAACUGUCCUCUGAUGGCCCAGUUUCUCCUCUGCACUUCCUCCAUACUUACUUGUCAUAUCACCGACUGAAUCUUACUGUCCUGCGCAACGUUGCUCUUGUUGACACGUACCAGAAGAUAGUCUCCGGGGAAAUUGAGGUUGAAGACGGGAAAAAGGCCCCCAAGUUACAAGACCUGGUUCGUUUGCAAGAAAUUAUAAUUCAAAAUCUGAAGGAAAUAACUCAUUUGGCUGGAUUAGAAGAUGACUUGCAGCUAAAACAAAGUAUUGAGGGACAGAUAUUGGCCUACAAAGCACACAGGUGUUACUUUGUUGCUGAGAGUUUUGUCAAGAUGGAGAAAUGGGCAGAGGCACUUGUUUUGUACGAGAGAACAUUAUCCCACAUUAAAGCUGCAGACAAGAGUCAGAUUGAGCCGUCGAUGAUAAAAGGACUGGAUAAUCUGUCUGCGUUGGUAGAUAGUAAAAAGUUUACUGCCCAUGCACAAGCGAUUCUUGCUUCAGAAUCUUCAACUCCUAAUGUGUCUAAGCUUUCAAUAAAGGAUAAGAAGAUGCUUGUUGACCGUUUGGAUGAAUACAUUGAAGACCCAAGUUUAACUUCGAACAAUCCUUGUGUAGCUCAAGUGCCCUCGCCCAUGACUUCUGUGCCAUGCAAACCCUUGUUCUUUGAUCUUGCUCUAAACCAUGUUGAAUUUCCGUCGCUUGAAGAUAAAAUAGAGAGCAAGAAGCAGGCAGCGGGAGCAUCUGUUGGUGGCCUUACUGGCUUGGUUAAAGGUCUUUGGGGUGGCUGGGGAAGCAAAAACUGAAAUUUUUAUUGUAAUACAAAACAAAUACCUUUAAUUGUUGCUAGUAUUUUUAAGGGUACAAUGAAUGCUUUGGAGUUGUAGUGUAGUAAUUGCUUGCUGGGUGAAUGUUGUGUGUAAUAAGUAAAUUCAUAUUGUAGGUUAGGUGCAGAUUGGCUCAUUAAGAUACGAAAGAUAUUGUUUAUAACGUGCCUUCUGCUGGAUUUUUUGUAACAAAAGUUGAGCUUGGCUAGGAAUCCUAUACUUCAUCUUUUACUGGAAAUACUGUAAUACAAAUGUUCACACUAUUCUGGUACAUUAUUAAAAAAGAAUGGUUAAGUAACCAAGGUGUAGUUUGCAUUUAAAGUAAUAAACAUUUUCUUUAAUAAUUUUUCAAGGAUUUAUUGAAAAAAAAUUAUUAAUUUAUUAAAAAAAUAAAUCAGUGAUAAGGUUUAUGAAAUAUGAUUUUGGCUGGAUGGCCUAGCAAGGCUGAUGGUAUCUGUUGCAUAUAUGUAAAGUUGUUUGAAUAUUGAUACAUUAUAUGGAAUCUUCUGAAGCAAGUUUGAAUAUAGAAAUUGUUAAACAAUUUAUUUAAGCAGUUGACACAUUAUUUUUCUCUGGCAUAUUUUUUUUGGAAAACAAAUAUUUGUCAAAUUAUGUUGAAAUGUUAAAUUGUUUAUUAAAUGAUUUGGACCAUUUAUAAAGAUACCUAAAAGCA